AUGGUGUCUAAUGACAAAAAUGAAAUAUUAAAAAACAAUUCAACAACAUCUAACUAUAGAUUUAAAAGCAAGUCAUUUGCUGAAGCUGCUUCAUAGAGCACUUAAAGUACCGAUAUUAUAAGUAUAAAUGGGUAUGUUAAGGACUGGGUAAUAUCUGAUGUCUCACAAUCUCAAUCUGAGGUAUACCUCAAAAUAAAAUAGCUUCAAGCUAAAUAAAUGGAUUAACAGUAAUAAAUACUCAGAGAAAUAGAUGAAAAACUUAAACAGAAUAAAUCUGAGAAACAAAGGAAAAGUUUCUUAAAUCAAUCUUAACAAUUUUUCAGUUCAUUCAAGUCUUUAAUAAAUCGAUCCCGAAAGAACGAGUCACUAGGAGAGGAGGAAUUCAGCAAGGAAUUCAAAUAAUCAUGGAAAAAAGACAAAAGAUCUCAGAGAUUAUAAAAUUUAUCUUUCUCACAGCAAGAAUAAUUAAUAAAUUUAAAUGAUAGUGGGUUUUAAUCAACUCAAAGAAUGUUAAAUAAGUCCAAUCAUGAAAUGAAAGUGUUUUUGUCUUCCAGCAGCUUUUUAAUUCCACCAGAAAUUUAAAGCAUCGAUAUGAAGCAAGAGAAGACCUAGAAAAUAAGACCAUUAACGAAUAAUAGCUAUGUUGAGACCUCAAAUUAAUCUUAAAAACUAGAUAAUGCUUUAGAAAAUAAAACCCUAAAGUCAAAAACCAUGCUUGAAAGUUAAAAGAAGAAGCUUAAUAAUAAGUUUACUUUUAGAUCAAAUGAUUGGCAUCUAGACAAAGAUUUACUAGAGGUCAAUUUAGAGGAAUUUGAAUUAGAAGACGAUGGGUAUUUGGAAUAGAUUGAAGAGGAAUAAAAAAAGCUGGAUACAUAGCAUGACUUCAGAGGAGCUAAGUACUAGUAUACUGGCGAGCCAGAUAAUGAUCUAUUCAAUCUAAAUUUAAGGCCAUCAAACUAGAAGUAAUAAAAAGAAAAUGCUAGUCAGGAUAAGAAUAAUAGUACUAAAUAUCAUGAUGAAAACAUUAAGAAUCCAUUGAGUAGUAACUAAGAUUAUUAAGGAAGGAAAAUAUUGAGAGAUAAUUUGAUAAAAUUUGAUGAGGAAUGCCCUAAUGGUGAAGAUAAUCAAGAGCUAGUUCUUAGUUUCAGAGAACCUACUGAAGGAUUAUCUCCUAGAGAAAAUUAUCUCGACAAUCAUUUGUAAAAUAUCAUGAGCUAGAGCAAAUAGAAUAUUUAAUACGAUUAGGACUUAUCAUCUGACGAUGAGGAUAGUUCUAGAAAGCAAACAUUAUUAUCAUAACAAAGGAAUUAAAAUGGCUGGAUGUGA